CUAGCAAGCAAGCUCUCCCAAAAAUACGAAUCCAAGGUACGUGGAGCGAGCUGAACCACCACGCUGCGUUCUUUGGCCAGCCCGUGGAGCGUGCUUUAUGCUAGCGAUCUAAAACCACGCUGCGUUCGCGAAUUCCUGAAAAUGGCAGCAACGCAUGUCCUCGUGGCAUUGAUGACGGCAGCGGCAACAACCACGAGUGGCUUUCUUGUGCCGCAACUCGCGCCGGCGAUGCACCUGCCACCGCUGCGAUCGAUGGCGGAAGGCGAGGGCGACUGGCCGUCGGACUCGGCCGAGGAUGCCGCUCCUGACGUGAUCGACGUGCCCCGGGUCGAGGACAGGGAGAGCCUCAAAAAGGAGCUGCUGCUCGCGGUCUCGCGCACGGCCCGCGGCCAGCAAUUAGACAAGCGGCCGAACGAGGCGGUGAACGAUGUCGCCCGGCGGCUGGAAGCGCAAGGGGCGCCGACGGACGCGCAGCUGUUGAAUGGCCGCUGGAACCUGGCGUAUUGCUCGACGUACCUCUUCAGGUCGAGCCCGUUCUGGAUGGCCGGGCGGGCGGCCUGCCAGGACGGCGAAGAGGCGAGGCGCUACGACUGGUUUUGCGACCAGCAUCGUAAGGCCACCAUGGUGUCCGAAAUCGGCGCGGUGCGCCAGAUCGUGGCGCCGGGCCGCCUCGUGAGCGAGUUCGAGACCAGCGUCGCGGCGGCGCCGAUGCGGGUCGGGGGGAGCAUGCCGGUGACGAUAUUUGGGUCGAUCGUCUCCUCCGCCGACAUCACCGCGACGACGGAAACUCCGAGGGGCCUCGAGAAGACGCUCGAGAUGGCCGACGUCGAGGUCUGUGCAUAAAUCAAAAUUUCACGGCGCGUUCACCCCACUCACUGGUUGAUUCGCACAGGUCGAGGUGAAGGGCAGCAACAUACCCCUGCUGCGGCCGCUGCUCGACAACGGCCUCAAGUUGGACUCGCGCCGCGUCAACGACGCGCUCCCGAUAGACCGACCGUUUCCCAUCUUCACGACGACCUACUGCGACGGAGACGUCCGCGUCUCGAGGGACGUCGACGACAACCUGUACGUCUACACGAAGGAAAGCGACGACACGACGCUGACGUCGUACGACGACGUCGACGCGGACCUGGGGAUCCCGGAGCUGAUCCGGGGCGCGCUAGGAGUCAUGACGGGGAGCCUAAACAACUAA